CCACCGUACGGCCACACGCGUGCGUAACCGCAGCUUCGCAAGCUCGCUCCAUCCUCUUCUUUCCCAUACGCACCGAAUGCGUGCACGCCUAAGCCAAUGCGCAAACGUCACGCGAUCGCUUAAAUUGCGUGUAUUUUGAUUUGUAGCUCCGGUUUCGGCACCGUCCGCGUGGUCAGAUAAAGAAAAACGAGAUAACCCUGUGAUAGCGCCAAUUUGUUGUUUGCCCUGCCCCGGUGAAGACAGUGCGGCUUUUGUGUGUUAGCAAAAAAGGGCUGUUGCUAUCAGCAGUGGCACGCGCGUGCAUUGCAACUGGCAGUUUGCAGGCAGAUAUGAACGAUACCAGCCGCAAGGAGGCGUACGUGCGGGAUGUGCUGGUACCGGGCAUGGUGACACGGGGUGAGCUUUCCUUCACGGAUCGCCUCCCGGAAGGAAGUUCCGCGACCGAACUGAAAUCCGUCCACGUCAAGCCGCUGAUCACGAAUGGGUUCAUGCUGACAAUACCGCUCGUUGUGACCGUUGUGCUUGAACAAAAACAGGAACCAAAUGCUGAACCGAGAACGGAAACGCUUCAUCUGAUCGUGAAGAUAACGCCCGACUGCAACGCCGAAAUGUACGAAAGUUGCCAGUUCGAGACACUGUUCGAGAACGAGAUGAUUGCUUACACGGAAAUCAUUCCCGCGCUCGGAGCAGCCGAGCUGUAUCCAAAGUUUUACUACUGCGAACGGCAGCCCAUGGAAGCGGUAAUGGUGCUGAGCGAUUUUUCCACCACGGGCUGGAAAAUGGCACCGAUGGUCGUCAACCUGCCUCUCGACUACACCAUGCUGGCAGUGAAGGAACUCGGUCGAUUCCACGGUGAAUGCUACGGCAUGAAGCUCGGGCACCGCGACCAGUUCGAUGGUAUCGUCGCAAAGUUCAAGGAGUCCCGGUUCGCGGUCGAGCUCACGGACAUGACGUGGAAAACGGUCAUGACCGUUGCACCGAAGCGCGCGAUUAAAAGCCUCCGGGAGAGCCGCUUCAAGGAUCUCGUACCGGCCGAGUAUCUGGAAAAGCUCGCCCAUCUCUUCGAGGACUCGUGGGAGCACGCGAAACGCAAGGUGCGCCCAACCGAACCGCUAGCCGUCAUUUGCCAUGGCGAUUACCUGCGCAAUAACAUGGCGUUCCGGUAUGAGAACGCGAAGGAACCGAACCGGCCCACUCAAGUGAUGAUGUUUGACUUCCAAACCCUACGCUACGCAUCACCGAUGAUCGAUUACACCGUCUUUCUGGCCAACUCGACCGGGUACGCCGAACGGGAGCACCAUUUUGAGGCCAUUUUCCAAACCUACCACCGGGAGCUGGUCGAAACGGCGGCUCGCACCCUCGGUCUAACCGAUCCCGGUGAACUUCCGGCGUAUUUCAGCUACGAGUCGUUUCACCGCGAGCUGGCCGAGUACUACUCGUACGGGUUCAACGUGGCGUCCUCGUUCCUGAUGAUACUGCACGAACCGAUGGAGAUAUCCUUCAUGGAGAACGGGUUCACCGAGGAAGAAGCCACGCUGGACGCGUGGCAACGCGGUGGCGAACCACUCAAUCGCGAGCUGGCGGCUAUGGUGUACGAGAUGUACCGGCUUCACGAGCGCUACGGGUUAUCACCGGUGUGAGCCACGUGGCCAGGCAAUGGUCAGGCAAUGGGCAGGAUCAAGCACCGGUUCGGACGUGAUGUUUUCCGGAGUCGACCCUCUUCA